CCUACCUUUCUACCGUAUAUAACCCUAUCCCGCAGUUUCAUUCCCUUUUCAUCGCCGCUAAGAGCCCGUCGCGCCACUCGCAGUACUCUGCAGCGAAGGAUUCAGCUUGCAUUUCCACAGCAAUGGCGGACGCAGAGCAUGAUGUGGCGGCCGGACAGCCAAAGAAGAGAACGUUCAAGAAGUUCAGCUUCAGGGGCGUGGAUCUCGAUGCUCUUCUCGACAUGUCCACCGAUGAUCUCGUUAAGCUCUUCACUGCCCGCGCUCGCAGAAGGUUUAAGAGGGGAUUGAAGAGGAAGCCAUUGGCGCUGAUUAAGAAACUCCGCAAGGCGAAACGUGAGGCCCCACCUGGUGAGAAGCCGGAGCCUGUCAAGACUCACCUUAGGAACAUGAUUAUUGUUCCCGAGAUGAUUGGAAGUGUCAUCGGUGUUUACAAUGGAAAAACCUUCAACCAGAUUGAGGUUAAGCCAGAGAUGAUUGGGCACUACUUAGCUGAGUUCUCAAUUUCAUACAAGCCUGUCAAGCACGGUAGGCCCGGUAUUGGUGCUACUCACUCUUCGAGGUUCAUUCCACUCAAGUGAUGCACCUACCAUUCCCCAAGUGCUUUCUUAGGGAUCUUAGCAGUAACAUUUAUUGCAGUUUCAAUGAAUAUUAUGAAUGUGAGAAAUGAGAACCCUUUUUUAGUUUAUGUUCUUAGCUAUUGCUGAUGAGUGAGCACAGUGGAUCUAUUACUUGUGUUCUAUCAAAUUGGUUUUGUACUAUGCAUUUUCCAAAUCUCUCAAGUUUUUAUCUU